ACUGUCGCGACUACAAAAAUAGUAUACGAUAUUCAUUCCCUAGAACCUACAUUCGCGUCUUCAGUCUUCACAAUGAGCGGCCCCGUCCAUAUCGCAUCUGAUGGCGAGUGGGAGUCACUGCUCUCCGGCACCAGCGUGGUUGUCGCAGACUUCUACGCCGACUGGUGCGGACCAUGCAAGAUGAUCGCGCCGCACUUUGAGCGCCUCGCCAAGGAGCACUCGUCGCCGAAAAAGGUCGCCUUCGCAAAGGUCAACGUCGACAACCAAGCCAACAUUGCCCGCACCAACGGCGUCACCGCCAUGCCCACCUUCAAGAUCUUCCACAACGGCACAGCCAUCGAGACCAUCCGGGGCGCCAACCCGUCGGCCCUGACCGAGGCCGUCAACAAGGCCGUUUCGCUCAGCGGCAGCAGUGGCAAGAAGGCCGAGGCCGUAUUCAAGACCCCCGGCAGGACCCUCGGCGGCGGUGCAGCUGCUCAGGGCCAGGGCCGCCCUUGGAACGUGUCUGGGCUGUUAAACAUCGUCAUGAUGCUCGUCGGACUGUACUUGACGUCUUUAUUUUCGAUUGAUGCUUUCAAGGCUGCGGAACAGUCCAUGUUUAACCCAAACAGACAGCCAGCGCCGCAGCCGAAGCCAACGGCGGCCAAAGGGCCUGUGCCCGCAGGCAGCGCCCGCGUGCAGCAGCAACAGCAAAAGCCAGCGUUUAGGACCCUAGCCGAUUUCUCUAGUAUUGCUUUUCAGGAAUCCCAUGAUGCAUCAAGGGGCCAAUCCCUAGAGGAUAUCGAAAAGGUUGUUCGAGAAGCAAAGCAGCGCUUUCGAGACACACUUCCAAAGGGCUAUCUCAACGAAGAAGAGUAUGCUCUUUAUGAACGGCUUUAUGGUCCACCACUUCGAGAGACUGCACCAGAAGAUGUCGGCAUUCCAACUCACGCUGACAUGGGAGGUCAAGUCCCACGACCGACUGAUGAGGGGACAUUACUGCGACAGUCCGAAGAGGGAGGUUUUGAGGAAGUGACUUACAGAAUUCCCCCACGACAGGGCGACGAGCAAGAGCUAGAGUCUGAGUUUGAACAGCCCUUGGAGUCUGAAUCUGCGGUGGAAACGGUUCAAGAGCCUUCAGAUUAUGUUGACGCUGUUGCCAGAAAUCCAAGGGAGCGUGAAGCGCUGCAAAGGCUCAUGCAAGAUUUCAAAACGGCGCAACAGAAGCAGCUGGAGGAUGAAGUUGCAGCUGCGAGAGAAGAAGCCGAGGCCGAGCAGGAGGCAUAUGAAGUGGAGGAAGAAGAGUUAUUCCCAGAAUCAGAAGAGAUUGCUGCCGAUGCAGAGCCGGAAAUGGGCCUUGGCGAGUCACGGCGAUUCCACCCUUAUACCUUGGACGGCAGAUUUCAUGCAAGUCCCGUCGAAAUCUCGCUGCCCCAAAGCGCUCUUGUUACACCCAUACGUGAUCUCCUGGACCGGACUCAUUUAGGCCAUGUCAAGACUGCCGCCGAAGCAGCUUUUGGUGGGCAAGGCCUGCCGACGUCUCCAUUCACGCCGGAAGGGAGGAAAAACGGGCAAAUGGGCGGAGUCGGCCUGCCUCCCGAUCAGCGACACAUGACGGAGAUUGAGGCAGAUGCGUUUCUAGCCGGAUAUUUACCUCCUUCGUAUGCUUCUGUGGUGUCAGUCUUGCGGGAGGUACGAAGACGACUGGGCAGUGACUGGAUCAGGCAACGCCUUCAAAAGGACGGCUCUGCAGGACUGAGCGUUCUGGACGCCGGCGCUGGCGGUGCUGGUUUAGUUGCUUGGGAUCAAGUCCUCCAGGCAGAGUGGGAUUUGUUGAGAGAGCAGGGCGUGGUGAAGGGCUCACAGCCUCCCGGGAGGAAAACCGUCAUCACCGGAUCGGAUCGACUACGGCAUCGAUUGAAGAGUUUCCUGCACAACACUACGUUUUUGCCCCGGUUGCCAGAUUACGAACACUCGGGAGAAAUGCAAGGUGAGCGUCUGGAUGCCGGUGAUACGCCACAGGCACGAAAAAGCUAUGAUCUCAUCAUCGCUUCGCAUCUGUUUCUCAAAGAGAAGCAGGACCAUUACCGCCAGGCCGUCUUGAAUAACCUCUGGACGCUACUUAACAAGGACGGCGGUGUGCUUAUUGUAAUUGAAAAAGCACAUCCCCGUGGGUUUGAAGCAGUCGCCCACGUGAGGGAUACGCUUCUGAAACAAUUCAUUUUGCCUCAGAAUGGCGAGUCCAGUGCUCCAACUGAAGAAUUGAACCCGGCAUAUCAUAAAGAACGAGAGCCCGGCCACAUCAUCGCACCAUGCACAAACCACGGAACGUGUCCCAUGUAUAAGGAAGUGGGAAAGAGCAAGGGCCGUAAAGAUUACUGCUACUUCAACCAACGAUUCACACGGCCCGGAUUCUAUACCAAGAUGCUGGGCAACAGCACAAACAACCAGGGCGACGUGGAGUUUAGCUACGUGGCGAUUCAACGUGGCCGCUCAAAGGCAGACCAGCUCCCAGGAUGGAAAUCCACCGAGCAGGCCUUUGCAGGAUACGAAAACUCCCCCAACCCACCAGACAUGCAAACCCUCCCCCGGAUGGUGCUCCCACCGCUGAAGCGCAAAGGCCACGUCACGCUCGACGUAUGCACGCCCCAAGGCAAGAUUGAGCGAUGGACCGUCCCCAAGAGCUACAGCAAGCUCGCAUACCACGACGCGAGAAAAUCGCACUGGGGCGAUCUCUGGGCUCUGGGCGCCAAGACCAGGGUGACUCGCAGCGUCCGAGUCGGCAGCGGGGUAGACGACGGAGGCAAGCGAGCGGAAGGCGGCAAGAAGCCUCGCAAGGUCGAGAUCACAAUGGAUGGCGGGCGACUAUCUGCGAAUGAGAAGAAUGCGCGAAAGGAACGCAGGACCAAGGGCAAGCGGGAUCGACAGACUGAUUUGAUCAAGGAGAUUCUGGAGGCUGAGGAUAUUGAGGAGCUGGAGAUUGAGAGGGAGAUGGACGCGGAGGUGCAAGAGGAGUUUGAGUUGGAGGAUGAGAAGGGUAGAGGGAGGCGAUAAAUGUAAGUGAAUGGAUGUGAAAAUGUACCAUAUGAGUUGGAAAGUUGCAUGUACAAUAGUCUAAGAACUCUUUGCAGGGCUUAUGAGUUGUCU